AUAAGUCGUGUUCUAAGAUUGCAAAUAUUUUUUCAUUGUCAGUUUGAGGAUUGUGAUUUAGUGCCCCCAUGUUUUAAUAUUAGUUCGUGUUAUGAGCUGAUGUUAAGAAGACGUGUUGUUUAUUUGCAUUGCGUUUGCUUUCGCUUACUACAUAAUAAAAUUUGAAACGGCAUGAACGCGUGUGUUGAGGAGUAUGACGAAGACAUCCACGACGAUCUUAUUAAGCUUUGCUUUAAAUUACCUCACAGUGAUUCGUGCUGUUAUUUAGGAAGUUCUAUGCACAAAAACGUUACCAAUAUGCCGGGUAAGACGCAGAUCGAGACCAUUGAUCUCACAGGCACAAAUGACCCCGUAAAUAUUAAAAUGCCCAAGCCAUUGUCAACAAAAAAUGACGUCUGUUAUCAAAUAAAACAAUUAGCCAUUGAAAUCGUCGAUUUCAAAAAGUUUCCUUGGUACUACAAGAAAUAUAUAAAAUAUUAUAACAAAACAGAAGAUAUUAACAGUACAAAUAGAAUAGUUGUUUGUGAAGAUAAUAACAAUACUAAUGAUAUGUGUAUGAAAAUAAAAUAUGACAAUAAUAAAGGACAAUGGAAAGUACAAGAAGGAAAUAAGGAUACCUCAUCACACAUAAAAGAUAGAGUAGUGUCUAAAACGAAAUUUCAUAGAAAUUUAAAUAAAAUUGACUUUAAAAGAAAUAAGGGUCUAGUGGGUUUGACUAUCACUCAAAAAUUCAUUACGGAAGACAUUGUAGUCAAGAAAGAAGAAGAAGAAAGCUCUAGUUUAGAUAAACUUAAUGAUGAAACAGACGUAGUCAUUAUAGAUAAUCUACUGAAUACAAAUGGAUUGUCUAAUAAAAUUGAUAAGGAAACAAAAGAGACAAGCGAUGAAAUAGUAGUGAUAGAAAAUUCUGGAGAAUCAAUUGCUUCAAAAUGUGAAAAUAAUAAAAUUAUUGAAACAUUCAAAAGAAAUGAUGAUUUAAACAAAUCACAACCUACCAAAAUAAUAAAAAAAUCUAGUAGAGAUGUAAGCAAUUUAAAGGCAACUCCACGAAAGAAUAAUAUAAAUUUAAUUGAUGAAACAAGUUGUCGUGAUACUUACACAAAACCUGUAAUUAAUUUUCCUUCUAGUGAAAAGCCUUUAGAAAUUCAAAUUACAACUAAAAAUAAGCAAACAAACAUUCUUUAUAUUACUAAGCGCGACUCCGAAACAGUCGCAAGACAACAAAAGAAAGAUAAGAAAGAACGAAAACAGUUUGCUGAAGAUAAAACUCGAGAACCUAAAAGCAAUAUUGAUAAAAUAGAAUCAAACAAAAAAAGGCAUGCACCAACUAUUAAAAAAAUAUUCGAUACUAUCAAAGUCCGAAAAGAUAUAUUUAAUGAAGUUAAGUCAUUAUCUGAACGUGAAGUCGCUGUGAUAGACAGUGCUUCAAAACAACUUCAGAAUAUUAACAAAUUUAAUGAUAAAGCAACGAAGUUACCUUCAAAACAUAAACUGAAAAGUGUAAACAUAGAAGGGGCUAAAUAUAAUGAGCCUAAGCCAUUAGACAUGCCGAUAUUAACUGAAGAAAAUUAUGAAACAUCUGAAGUACCUUCCAUUCGUCGGACGUCUUUUAAAGAUAGUAUAGUUUUUGAAAACGAUGUAAGUAGCAUUGAAGAAAUCCCUUGCAAGGAAACUUCUGGAAAAAAAAUUGCAAAAUCCUCAAACCAGCAACCUCUAGAGAAAAAUAGUUUAGAAGUAUUGAAGAGUCCUCAAGCCAAUAAUUCUACUUCAAGUAUUGCAGAACUUGCUUCUACUACUCCUGCUACUGUUGUAUCUACUGUUGCAAAUAUAAUACCCGUUAUAAGCUACGUGAAUUCAGGUGUUUCGAAGCCUAGGGUUAAGUAUACACCAGUGACCAAAGAUUAUGCUAUCCCAACGAACACGAAAGCGGCUUCAAAUCAAGGCACGCAUGCCAGGUUUUCUCAAUCUUUUUUAAGUUACUCAUCACCAGCAGCUGUUAAUAGCCCGGGACAUAACGCUCAAAACAGAAGUAUGGUCCAACUAUUGACUGCUCCGCAAAGGCCUCCUAAUAUGGGUACGACACAACAUCGCCUACCCCUACAACAAAUGCCAAAUUACAGUGUUCCACCAUCACCUUAUCCGUCCAAUUAUCCUAUUUUACCUUCAUAUGAGGCAGCAGUUGCUAACAUACAUUUACCAACUGGGCACCGAACGUUUGGGAAUAACGUUGGUGACCGGAAUUUAAAUUAUCAUUACAUGAACCCUGGUCAUGGUGCGCCGCUCCCGCAUCUCCCCCCGCAGCAAGCUCCUCAGUGGCAACCGAACACGAAUUUCAAUCAAACCCAGCCUUUACAAUACCAAAUUAAUUUACAAACCCCUAAUUGUUCAAGCGCUGGUUGGAAUAACGGAUAUGUGAGGGGAAUUAAUAAUGUCGCUUCAUCAGCUCCGUGUAUGGCUACAAAUACUGCUACAGGAAACCAAAGAGUUCAUUUUGAUAUUCUUAGAGCACAUACUCAACCUGAACCAACAAACGGAAAACCGAGUAAAAGUAAUGCACCUAAGACGCCCAUACGAAAAAAUACUGAUAAACACAGUCAAGCCUCAUUAGAGCAAGUCAAUGGAAUUGCUAUUAAUAACAAUUCUAAAAAAACAUCAAAGAGGCCUUAUGAAUACGGCGUACAUGAAGUAAAUAGACAACAUUCAUUGCUGGAAAAAGAACUGACAAAAAGGCCUAAAACAGCCCCUUUAAUCAGCGAAGAUGCGAGGACGUUAAAAUCAAGUGAAUAUUCACCGCCAAUUUUACCAAUACCGACGAACGAAAUGGUGUUAUCAAAUUUCUUCAUUUCAACGCAGCCGUCCAACGCACAAGAAAAUACACCGAGAGAUGCCAAAAAUGCCACAAGUAAAACGCCAACGGAACCAAUGGACAAGUCUAGAAAGAUAUCUAUAGAAGACUAUAAAAAGCGGGUUUGUAAAAACGACAGCGCAGAUGUAUACAAUUCAGCGGUCAGAGCGGGUGACAAUACAAAAGGCACUGGACACGAGCCAAAUGCCGCUGCUAAGAAAUCGAAAUAUGGCAAUUAUUUAGAACAGGAUCUCGGAUACAGUUCUGAUACUACGGUGAAGUUGUGAAAAAUUGGCUUGAAUAUUUAGUGCUUUUAUCAAGGAAUUUUAAAGUAAAUUAAGUAACCAGUUUUGUUGCCUUAGCCGCUGAUGUUUCAAUGAUCAGAUGUUAAAUAAAUUAUAUUCUGCCAUAUUAAAAAUGCGGCAAUUCUUGUCAAUUUUUUUGUUACAAUUGUCAUAUUUUAUUUGAUCAUGUUUUAUCGAACAACAUAUUUUAUCUGAUGAUUGAAAAAUCAGUUCUAAAGCGAAAAUUUUAAAUGUCGGAGAUUGGUAAGUCAGUGAUUAGAUGUUUAUCAGAUUUGAGUGAGAUCUACGAUGAGAAUUAUUUUAUAUGUUCAAAGAUGUACAGAAUAUUGUUUGAUUUUAAAUCGCAAUAUAAUUUAAUUUUCUGUUGAAUCUUUUUAAUGUUAAGUGGCUAUGUUCUUAUUAAAAGAAUUAAAACA